AUGCAUAUUCUAUCUCUUUUCUCCCUUGCUGCCAUCGCCAGCGUGGCGUCGACUCAGGCUGUAUCUGUAUCAGGUUGCGGCAAACCAAUUCCUAGAUAUUUCCCGGCCCCUGGUCAAAGCAAGACGCUUCGUCUACCUGGUACCGACCGUACCUAUCGACUCCACAUUCCAGCAAACUACAAUGUGAGCAACAAGACUGCGGUAUACUUCUCCUUCGCCGGUGCUGGCAGAAAUGCAAGUGAGCAAGAAGGCCUGUCACAGUUCUCCAACCCACAAUUCAAUCCCAACGGCAUCGCAGUCUACCCAAAUACCCAAAAUGGCGUCUGGUUAUCCAACCCAAAAGCCAACACUUCAUACCCGAAUGACCUCGACUACACCAAUCACCUGCUGGAUUACCUCGAAGAGAACCUUUGCGUUGACACUGGUCGAAUCUAUGCCAAUGGCAAGUCAAAUGGAGGUGCUUUCGCAAACGUCAUUGCCUGCAAUGCAACAGUUGGCAGUCGCUUCGCAGCGUUUUCAAUUGUAAGCGGUGCCUAUCACAAUGCGAUCGAUGUUCCUGGUGUUGGACCUUGCGAGCCUGCUCCGCGCGAGGAAGGAUAUCCAUUCCUAAUCUUCCACGGUACAGUUGAUCAAACUGCACCAAUCAACGGAAAUAAGUCGGCGAACAUAUUGCCCGUCAUUGAUAUUUUGGAGCAAUGGGCUCACAUCAACGGUUGUGGACUUGAUUCGUUGUGGACGAGCAACGUGACUACUUUUUCGCAUCCCAUGGUCAAUCAUGUUAGCUGGGCGUGUGAUGGGAGGAAUGGGAUUGUGCAGUUCUACCGUGAAGGAAACAACGGUCACUGCUGGCCUUGUACCCGACCGAAUGAUGAUUACAUUUCAAUGGGUCUUGCGAAAUGUCCUAUGGGACAUUACGUCUUCAACGCUACGGACUACAUCUUUGACUUUUACAGUCGAUAUCGGUUGAAUGUUUAA